AAGAAUAUUACAACAACCUUUUGUUUGCCUUUGCUCCAAAAGAAGCAUCUGGAAAUGUACGAAGGAGAUACAAAUAGUAUGCAUAUCCCAUUUGUUCUUCUUCUUUGAAUGCUCGUCAUUCUCGGCUAUGAAAAUCGGACACAGUCACAGGAGGGGCAAAGAAGCUUAAUCCGCUGUUGGACGGGAAAAGUUGCUGCAACGUACACUUUCAUCGUGAUUUUUCCAGUAACGCCCACGACCGAUUUGUUCGACAGAGGUUCCGGUUCCUGACGUUCCGCGACAAUGAGUGCGGAAGCUCAGGCUGCCUUUAAGGAGAUCAACUCCUUCACGUCACCCGGUACGCUUCGAGUUACCGACUUUGUGCGGCCGAAACUGCAGUGGAAGAAGAGAAUUGGUGUGAUGAUGAAGCUAUCUGAAAGAAGAUAAAAGCAGUCUCCUGUAGUUGUAGUUGUUCCACAGCUUACCUUGAAAUAUGUUUAUGUAUUCAAAAGCACAGGAAAGAGUAAGGGGACGAGGCCGGUACCUACGUAAUAUUCAGUAAAAUAUUGUCGGUAUAAUUAACUCGAUGUCUCCUGUCCUCAGGCUUUCCCGAAUACUAUUGUGACCAAGGUAGCUCUGCAUACCUCAAAGAAAAAGUUCUUACCGCAAACUCAAAGUCAAACAAAAGUUUCUUACCUCAGAUCCAGCGGUGGAGCGGUUACCCUUGGGAUGGAGACGCAUCUUCGCUCAGUUGGAGAAUGGUGAGAAGCUGGUCGUCGAAGCGCAGCAGAACGCUAGUAUCUGCGAUGGCCUCAGUUUCAUCGCUACUAUCGACUGUUGCUUGGCGCAGCUUAAGAACAAGUCGGGCCUCAGCGAAGCUGACGGUAAGUACUUGCUUCGACAUCGACGCGCUUAUUUUGCGCUUUCGUUUUGGUAUGUCGUCAUGAACGUCAUUCGCAUCAACAUAGAAAGUCCGACGCUGCGCACCAAGUCCUCUGCGAUAUCUUUCGCUUUCGCUGCUUACUAAAACCAAAAUUGCUAACUCAAAUCUAUCCCUGUUAUCGACACCUAUACUAAAUAGGUGUGAAUAUCCAGAAUGUAGUUAUCUUUGGAGCAGCUGCCUCCGAGAUGAAAGUAAUGGAAAAAACGAAUUACUUUGAUCUCUUAACAUCGAGGCAUGGUGUACGCCUAAGCUUCGUUGGUCCGGAGCUGAAAGGAAAAAUCGACACGACAGCACCGAAGUCAAAGUACUAGUUUGUUUCGCAUAAAAAAGAAACGUUGCAUAGUCACCCGACCACACUAAAGUUAUAACAGGUGAAUUUCAAUUUUGUUCAUGUCUGUCGUUGGAUAAUUUACUCCACCAUGCUAAUGCAUAUCCGGUAGGACUUGCUUUGUAUAGCGUCUCACUACCAGGUCAUUGUAGAAAACCUACAUGGAUCUCAACUUGAAGCUACAUCAAUAACCCGCCUCCCACUUCCUCCUCCUGCGAAACGCGACCCAAACCUUGUGCGACCAGGCUAGUGUCGAAGCUCCAAGACCGUCCGUUCUUUAAAGUGCCGCUUCCGAAUGUAGUGGAAAAGUUUUUCCAGUACCGUAAGGAAUGUGGACAAAAUUUGACCCCGGCGAACACUCUCGUAUUCGUCUUUAACUUAUGCCCUUCGGUGAAAGAUAGACGGUACUAAAACUACAACAAGUAGCACUCUUAGAGGUGCCAUUAUGUUUAUGAUGAAAACAGGUUCUGAUAGAAUUUGAAGCUUUAUUUCCAGUACUAUGCCUCUCUUAAGGCCGUCGGGAAGUCAUAUGAAAAGAAAACUGAGAUAUUGUUAGUCGAUAACACGGAGUCGAGCUCUGGGCCUAAGAGGGCUCAGUGUAAAGCUCCACGCCAAUUCCAACCCUUCUAAUUAUGGGUGGUUUCGGGAAUAGGCUGAACCGUGCAGGAGUAACGAAAAAUCUCAAACAACCUUUGCUGCAUACGUGGUUGCCAGAUCUUCACUUUAUGAAAUAAGCAUCAUCAUCAGCAUGAAAAAGAGAAGGUCCCUAGUAAUCAACACUUGUAGCUACUAUGUAUUUUUAGUAUUAACUUCUCAGAACGUUCUCGACGACACUAGGAAUCGUUCAUCUUUUUGCUCCAUCUCCCAUAGUAUCUAUAAGAAUAUAAGCUCUGAGUGAGGACCUGCUUCAUUCCCUAUCUGGCCUCACGUGGGUUUUUGUGCGGCUUUACCUGUGCAGAUCAAGAAAACGACCUGGUUGGGGAAACCCUCGUUCACACGUGCCUAGUUCGCUCACGAUAUCUCGUCGCGCCGAUGUCGAACCCAUUCUCAUGCGCCACGGCUCUUGUGUCUGAGAACGGCGGCUCCCCUUACUGUGGGAAUAGUUUUCUCUACCUGAUCCAAGGAACGAGAGCAGCCUCAGAUGACAAGAAAAGUCCUUGGUACCUACUAGAAAAGCUUUGAUGGCAGUUUGCUAAUUCAACUUCAGCUUUUGCUAAUUCAACUUCGUGCCAUCAAUUCAGCGUUUCCGGAGAGUUUCCAUUGUUGAAUCAAAAUGAAUAUCUUGUUCUUGAACUUCAAUAUUCAGGCUGACGCCCGAGUUGAGCAAAGUCGAGAAGUUGGCGGACAUCAAGACUUUGUAUCAAACUGUGGACAGCAACGUGCUUCGAGGUGACGAUGUCGGCAAUUUGAUGCAGUUGCCUGGCAUAGCGGAAGCAUCCAGCAACAAAGUCCUGGCAGCAACGAAACAGAGUGCAGCUUCAUCCGCUGAGCCACCAACAGCUUCGGCUUUGCAACCUGUUGGUGGCUCUACAGCAGCUGUAAAGAAAACUACAGACGAAAGCGCAGCGUCAACGACGACGACCGCGAGCAAAAACAAGAAAGGAAGCAAGAACAAAGUGAGUACCUCAAAUGGCACGGAACCUGUCGGUCAAGAACACGAUGACUCUAAGAAAGUGGCGACAAAAACUGACACAACCUCAGGAAGCAUAACAAGUGGUAAAGAAUCUGAGUCUACUUCUUCAUCAGGAGUACCUUCAAGUGCGGCGACAGCUGGAGGGUCUCCGGGUGGAGUGGAUCCUUCCUCUAGCGCAUCAAAAAAAAAGAAGAAGAACAAGAAAAAAGGUUCGUGUUCUGCUGUGGAACAAGUCGAGCCGGAGGACGAAAAGGACGACAAGAAGACAACCCCUAGGAGCACAGGUGCUGGAAGUCCAGAGCCGAGUAAGAACGCAGCGACACCGCUAAUCCAAGUUGUGGAUGAGAAGCUAGCAUCCCCUUCACCGAACGACUCGACUAGUAGUCCCGACGACGCAGUGGGUACAACAAGUACAUCAGAUAAAGGUUGCACGCAAAGUUCCCCGGCGCCAGGAGGUGCACUCUCGAAAUCGCAAAAGCGUCGUCUUGCCGCUAGACGAAGGAAAGACAAGGAUGCCCAGGAGGAUGAGACAGAGGAUUUCAAGAAAAGCGAAACAGUAAUAGAGGUCGCACAUGAUUCUUCUACUUCUUCACUUCCUCCGCUGGAGCAGAAGAAGUUACUCGAGGUCCUUUCUUCCAAAAAUAUCUCUCAAGGUCAAGAGAACCGAUCGAAAACUUCGAAAAAUCUAACAGUGCAAGCAGAACAACCAAAAGUUAUGUCCGUGUCACUCGUAACCAAGAUCGCGCCUAGUGCGACCGCACGCAGUAUGGAGAGCACAACGACAGCAGUACUCGUUGAAGAGCGCCAGGCACGGAAAGAACACAUCCUAGCGCUUCCUGAGGAAAAUGUGGCAGGCGCCUACCGCUUUGAUUCUGCUGCAUUGCAGGGUGUAUCCUGUAGCUACCGCGUGUCGCAGUCUCCAAGAGAAACUACCGAACAGAAAGGUGGAAACUUUAUGCUUAGUUUUUCACUACGCACUGUGAUACUGUGGCGAAUAGCUGGAUCCUUAGUUUCCUCUCCAGAAAUCGAUGUAGCAAUAAAUCUGGAUGCCUUGUAAAACAGGUUUUAUUCUUGGAAAUCCUACUGGUUUCGACUGUAGUGACCCAAUCCCAAGUGGCAAAGCCAGUAUAGCACUCAAAUCUUGUAUAUGUUAAUAAAUAUUUUUUUAGCUCUUUCUAUUUCUAAUGGCUCUUCUACACGAAGCACUGUCGAUGUGGAACUGCGCCUUUCUGGUGGGGAUAUCGCGUGGGACGUUGUGUCCGAUGACUGUGGUGAGCUGAAGCUGAAUUUCACAAAGACCUGGACAAAAUACCUUUCCUUGUCCUUCCCGAAAGGUUUUCAACUCAAAAAGGCAAAGAAACGUGACAAUGCGCUAGUCCUUCAAUUCAACACUGCAAAAAUAUGAAAGCAAAUUUAUGUAGGUGAACAUCAGGUUUUUACUUUCAUGAUGACGAUGAUCCAAAGAAAUCGCAUUGGUUGUGGCUACCUCCAUCAGAAAUUGUUGUGAUGAAACGGGAUAGGAUCGACAAACGCGAUACACAUCAGGUUAAGCAAGUAAAAAAUGUUGAGAACCAAUUAUGUCUAUAAUGUGAAAAUGCGUUUACUAUGUGAAAACUGCUCAUUUCGAUCGGGAGUGUCGACACUUAUAUCAUUUCCGAAAGCUGCAUGUUUUGUGUCGACUCAUUCCCAUCAUAGGCUCUCCUGGCAAGGAAAAAGAAUGCUCUGAAAGAAGAGCCAGUGACGCUGGACCUAUACAGCGCGUUCCAGAUGAAUCUCAAAAACAAGGGAAGUUCCCUCUCAGAUCUAAGCACUAACAGUACGUUUACGUAUGACGUUUGUAGUCUGGUGACAAUCAUAGUGCACACAUGAUGUAUAGAUCCACAUGCAAACACAUCAUCCGAGACAGCCGGACAUGGAGACCAGAACUUAUACGAAGAUCUAAGUCAAUUUAUUUUCGAGUUAUAUGCAUGGAAC